AUGAAGGAGUGGUCGCAGCGGUAUCCCGUGGCCGAGCCCUCGGACGACUGGCGCGAGGGGUCGUGGACGGUGGAUUGCUCCUGCGGCGUCACCUUCGACGACGGCGAGGAGAUGGUGAGCUGCGAUGAGUGCGGCGUGUGGGUCCAUACCCGUUGCUCCGGCUACGUCCGCGGCGAGGCCUCCUUCGCUUGCCACUACUGCAAGGCCGCAGCCCGGAGGCUCCGCUUCGCCUCCGGGUCGCUCACCCUCCCCGACGACGCCGACGAGACCGAGGUCGCCCGGCUCCUCCCCGAGCUCCCCACCAAGAUCGAACCCUGUCUGCCCGAGCGUCCGUUGCAGGCCUCCGCUUCGGCCGUCGGGCCGCACCGGCGCCGUCUCUGGGCAGGAAUCCCUCUCGAGGACCGCGUCCACGUGCAGGGCGUCCCCGGCGGCGACCCCUACCUCUUUGGUGAUCUCUCUUCGGUCUUCUCAUCGCAGCUCUGGAGGUGCACGGGCUACGUACCCAAAAAGAUCAAUUUCCGGUACCGGGAGUUCCCUUGCUGGGAGGAGGAGGGCAAGGAGGGGGAGGAGAACGAGAAUCCAGCCAAUAGAGGGGCUGACGUGCAGUUUUCAUUCUCAGAAAAGAUUAUUCCGUAUAUUACGGUGAAGAAGUUUGAUGAGGAUGCGAAGGAGGAGGAAGCGAACAUCUUGUUGCGGAGUUGCAGAGCGAAGGGUGCGAGAGGGCUUCAGGUGUUUGGGCAGGCGAAUCUUGAUAAGAAGAGGAAGGAGGAGCCCGGAGAAGCAGAGGACCACGGCGCGAAGAAGAAAGCUAGGACUUCUCCUGAUAAAAUUGUGGGUGAUGACAAGAGAAUAGAUUAG